AUGGUCCUGGUUUCGCUUUCGAUCACCCCGAAGAAAUUGCUCAACAGGAAAUCAUCAUCAACAACAACUGGUAGCUUCACAGAUCCCGUCGACCUCCUUUGCGUCUCCGCCGAUCUCCCCUGUUUCCACCAGCCACUCCGGCGUCUCACCAAUCUCUACCCAAAACCCCAAUCCUCUUCUCCUCUCCCGCCUCGCCCUCCUACUUCCAGCUUCACUACAUUCUUCCGCCCUCUUUCCACCGGCGGCAACAAUGACAACGACGGCACCGGCAAGGGCGGCAGCUCCGCCUCCGACCUCUGGAAGCUUUCGUCAGACACCAGCGGCGGGUUCUCCGAUCCGUUCUUCAGCGAAUAUACCGGCGGAGACGGAGGCGACUUGCAGGGGAUAUCAGACGCUCCGGAACCGAAGGCGGCAGCUGUCGAGAAGUGGGCAAUCGUGGAUGGGGAAGGCGUGAGUGCCGGUGGGGACGUUUUCGGGCAAAUUGAGAGCGAUGCGGGCUCGGCAGCUGGGGCGAACAAUUGGGGGCCGUCAAAGGAUUUCAUGCCGUGGUACUUGAAGAACGCUGCGGGAGAGGAGAAGAGCGAGAUAUUUGAUCCGGGCUCGGUGUUUGGGGCUGAGAGCAGGACGGGUAUUAGUUUGAAAGAGGAGAUUGAGAAGAGAGAGGAAGAGAUGAAGAAGCUGGAAUUGGAAGAGGAGAACCUCACCACCAUUUUGAAAAAAGGUCCGAAUCGUGCAUUUGGUGAUCUCAUUGCGGAAUCUGGAAUCACGGAUGAAAUGUUGGACAGUUUGAUUGCACUGAAGGACUUCGAAGGGGUUGAAGGGUUGCCCACAUUGGGGGAGAUAGAGGAUAUUCGAUAUGAAAAGAGUAGGAGGAAAUCCACGAGAGCUGAAAUGGAAAGGCAGAAGCAGGAGGAAAUUACCAAGGCGAGGGUGAGACAAGUGGACGACAAAGGGAGAGCUUAUGGAACAGGGAGAAGGAAAUGCAGCAUUGCCCGUGUAUGGAUCCAGCCCGGGGAGGGGAACUUCAGUGUGAAUGAGAAACAAUUCGAUGUCUAUUUCCCGAUGCUCGAUCAUCGUGCUGCACUUCUGCGGCCUUUCUCGGAGACAAAGACUCUGGGUAUUUGGGACAUCGACUGUACUGUCAAAGGAGGUGGUGUUUCAGGUCAAGUUGGAGCUAUUCAGUUGGGUAUAAGCCGAGCAUUGCAAAACUGGGAACCUGACUAUCGGCCUCCACUCAGAAAUGCCGGUUUCUUGACAAGGGACUCACGUGUGGUUGAAAGAAAGAAACCUGGCAAAGCAAAAGCAAGGAAGAGCUUCCAAUGGGUCAAGCGUUGA